AUGACGAGCAUGUCACCCACAAGCGCCGUCAACGGCGGCUCCGCGGCCACCUCGAACCAGGGCAGCGUCUCGCCCCGGCAGACGGUGUCGCCCAAGAACGUCGCAUUUGAACUCUUGUUCACUGAGUCACCGCAAUACCGUGCGCGACUCCCCAUGCGGGUUCAGAUAUACCCUCACGACACGACCGACUCCAUUGUCACUACCGUCAAGAAUUUCUACGGUCUAUACUCGGGCCCGACCGGCUCCAAGGGCGUCAGCUUCGAGGACGAGAAUGGUAUCACCCUCAUCGCCCGAUACGAGAACUUCCGCAACAACAUGGUUGUCUACGUCAGAGUCAUUGAGGAGCCUCCUUCUGCCUCCGGCCCCUUUGUGGCGCCCGCAUAUCACAACCCUCCCCUGAGCGCUCAGCCCUACUACGAGGGCAACGGCUAUCCCCUGCAGCCGCCGCCGCGCUUCGGUCAGGAAAUCUCCAGGCCUUCGUCGAGUACAUCUCGCCGGCGCAGCCCGUCCCCCAACCUUGGCCGCGGCCGGAGAAGCGGGUCCGCCAACACAAACCCCAAGAAGGGCCGAUCCCGGUCUUCCAAGACUCGGGACACUACUGCCAAUGGACACACCGACAUCUACAGCGACAGCGUCAACGGCUACAGCAGUGGCGACGGAGCUCCCGGCUCCAGCUCCAGCAGGAUGAAGGAGCAGAUUGGUAAUACCGAAAUCAGCCUCGAAAACAUUGUAGAGGGUGGUCGCCGCAAGCGAGCGAAAUUUGAGAGUUCGAUGCCGGCUGCUACGUCGAACCCUUCCGUGUCUCCCGCCCGCCGCGCCGAGCCCCAGCGAGCCUCGCUGCCGUUUGUGCAUCCCGGCCAGAACCCCUUUACGAACCCCCUCCCUCUGCAGUCCCCUCAGAGCCACAACAAUGGAUAUACUCAUGGUGGAUACUAUGCGACGCCGUCCUCUGAGCGCCACGGGCGCAAUAGCAUCGGCUACGCUGGGCAGGGCGGCAACUUUGGCAGCAUGAGUGGCAUCCUGCCCACGCCGGACCCCACCGUCGGCAGCUGCAUGUCGGAAGAGGACAAGGAUGUGGCUAUCCAGCUUAUGCGUCUGGGUGAAAUGUCCAACAUUUCCCACGGUCGCACCUCGGCUUCCACUCUUGACGACACGUUCAGUGGCCGCGCCGACGCCGCAUCCUCUACCGGAGCCACUAGUGACGGCGAGAGUGAGAGCGAUGAGGAGGAGUCGGCUGCCCGGCGCCAAAAGCUGGAUGCCGCCGGUGUCAUGCGCAAGAUCUACCAGACCACGGAGAGCCACUUCAUUCCUCAGCCCAGCAUUGAGGCCAGUGCCGACGACGUUGAAGUCGAGAAGGGCAGCGACCAUGCCGACCACGCUGUCAGUGGCGAGCGCAAGCCAGAAGUGCUCAAGAACAAGACCAACCUCCCCGACGCCAAGCCCAAGACACAAUUGCCCGGCUCCAAGCCCAAGACUUCCAAAGUCAGCAAGGUUCCUCGUCCAACCAUCCCCAAGCCCAAGAAGGCCUCGGCCUCGGCUCCGGUCCCUCCUAGCAACGGCCCCAUGUCGCCGGCUUCUCUGCCUCCGUCGCGCAAGCCCUCGGUCUCCUCCGCUGCGGCUGCUCCGGGCGCCAACGGUGAGGAUGAUCAGCUCGACCUCUCCGCCAAGCCCCGAUGCCAGCGAUGCCGCAAGAGCAAGAAGGGCUGCGACAGGCAGCGGCCCUGUGGACGAUGCCGCGACGCUGGUCUCAGCGCUGAUCAGUGCAUCAGUGAAGACGAGGGUAACGGUCGCAAGGGCAGAUACGGUCGCCACAUGGGAGUCCCCAUCAAGAAGGAGGACAUUGUCAACCCCACGCAGCCCAUUCUUCUACCGGCUGCGCCGAUCGCCACAACGGCGGCAAUGGCCGACAAGAACAAGAAGCGCAAGCGGUAA